UGCUGCUUGUGUUGUUACAGCUGUUGGUAUCCUGCCUAUUUCGAUAAACCGUAGAUAUGUGCAACUUGUGCAGGGUUAGGUGUAUACAAGGCGAAUCUCUGCAGCUUGCACGCUACUUUUGAGAAACACUGGAUAUGUGCAAGGACAAUAUGCGAACCAUUUUUCUUCCAUCAGAAUUCCACUAACAGGGUUUUACUUCUGAAUAUUGGGAUUUACUGCCCUAUUUCCUUAUGAAGACAAAAUAUGCACAGACCAGCAGAAACUGUGCGUGAGAGAUGGUAUAAUGUGUACAGUAUUUCAGAUUUGGAUAACUGCUUUUAUCUACCCUUGUUUAUUCUUUUGCUUCACGUUUGUGGAACAUUCACGUGGAUUGGGAAAUGUUAUAACCGAUGAUGUCAACACAAUUCCCAUUCUGAAAGGGAAUAUACCAAAUGACUACAUUAUUAAAGUGCGCUAUGUUCCUCAGUCAGAAGAAUUGAAUGACAUAUGUUGGUUGAUGCUCAACAUCUAUGAACUGCAGUUAAGUUUAUACAGUCUUGCUGUUAAGUUUGCUGAAACCUCAUCCAACAGAGACAAUAUUACAAUUCUUAUAGACAUGGUGAUGAAAAUGCGGAGGCUCUUUGAAUAUGAGGAAGAGGACGUCAUUGGUGAUUACCACUGCCAUUAUCAAGACGGAAACUUUAAUACCAGUGUCUAUUUUGACUAUUUUAAAAAAAUUAUUAAAACGUAUGAAUUAAAUGAGAGGCAGUUCAUCUCUCCUGACUGUGUGUCUCCCCCUUGUCCUACGAGUGAAAUGACAACAUUAGUGGCAGGCUCCGUUACCAACUCCACUGAUCUGUUGAUAAUGACUACAACAGCUUGUGUAUCUUCAAGUGACUGUAGUACACAGGAAACAAGACAUGGUAAAAACCCUGAGGCUAAAACCAACACACAAGGAGCAGAAAAACUGCACAUACCACUCUACUUCUUACUUCUAAUACCAGUUUUUGGCAUUUUGCUGGUUUUGACAUGGAAGCAUACAAAAAAAAGAAGAAUGAAUACGCAAGCGAUACAUGAAAUUGAAACAUUGAGUGUUCAACACAAUGUAAAUCAAGAAGAUCCUGCAGAAGAAAAUUGACACCACUCCUGUAAGGAUAAGUAUUUCCCACAACCUACAAUCAUUUGAAGCCUUGGGCAGCUCUACAAAACAGUAUGUGUGAGACCAAUGUAGCAAAGCAAUUCAGGCCUCAAUUAUCAAGAUUAACAUACCAAUGAAAAUAAGUGGAAAAGGACCUUUACUCAAACAGUUACUGGUUCUGUUACUGGAAGUGAACAGAAAUGGCAAACAUAAUAUACUUCGGGUUCCUACAGAAGGAAAACAAAUGUGUGUGUUUGUUUUGAUUUAUUUUAUUAUUUUUUUAAAUAUCAUAAUUACAUUUCAAUUUAAACGUAGAACUUCAAGUAUAAAGUUUAAAGGCCACCUCUGACCCCAUUCUGUUCUUUUUAAUCCAUCAUCUGUAAGUGUUGUGUGUAAAUUGAUUGCACAUCUGAUGCAUUAUCAGACACGGGUGGAUUAAUGCCUAGGGGCCCCAGCCACUUAGGUGGCCCCCAAUAAAACUCACUAUAACUGGUGGAUCAAAAUAUAGCAGUAAAUAAAUAUAGCAAAAAUGUAGCAAUAAAUAUUCUUUAAUAUAAUAAUGAAUGAAUACAAUGUCCAGGUGUUUAAGUAUAUCAGAAUUUUGACACGUUAAGAUCUCUACGCUAUCAAAUCAAUGACACAUACUACAAAACUACACAUGCACACCUCUGGUCUCUAAUAAUAUAAGGGAUAUGUGUUUAGACAGAUACUAAGAGUGUGCGCGUUGUUGUAAAUGGCUACCUGUGUGAACUCUGUAAACAACACCUUUACUUUUUUUGACAUGAGUGCAUGGAUUCUCGGAUGCAACUAUUUAGUGUGAAUAUUAUUGUUGGAAUUUAUGAAAUAACUAAAGCAGUAGCGCUGCUAUCCCAGUAUUUAAAGAACAUUGUAUUAUUCUGUAGUUUACACACGAAAGACAUCCUAAUGUAAAACUUGAAAUGUAGGUAAAUUUUUUAAAAUCGUUUCACAGGUCAUGUAUUAUAUCGUGUUAUAUACAUGUAUCGUAUAAUCACUUUUUUAUUUUCCUUUGAACAACUUUAUUCUGCAGCAGGUCAAGUGUUUUCUGGUAAAAUAUUCUAUUAAGGAAGGUUGCGGAGGUUGCCUUCUUUAAUAACGGUAUCCGUUGUUUGGAGGUAUUAUGGUUCUGCAAAUAAAAUAAAUGAUUUAAGUGCAAUUAUUGUUGUUUAAGUUUUGGUAAGGAGGCUGGUGUAGUUUUUGGUAUAGGGCAGUAGGUGAACAAAUGUGGGUUUGAGUUUUUCUGAAAGCAGAUAAAGGUAUUUUAUUAGUUUUUUGUGACAAAAUCAAGCAGUUUCAUUUAAGCAUAGUAUAUUGUAAUAUGAUUUCCUUUGUAUUAAUGCAGCAGGUAAAUGUUCUACAGGUCUAUUCAUGCAUUUUACUGUUGUUUUAAAGGGGGGAGGGGAUGUUCUUUGUGCCCCAGGGCUCCAAAAAGUCUUAACCCACCUCUGAUCAUACAUAUGUAUUCAGCAGAAAGAUUAUUAAUAUGGUUUAUUCAGGUAGCUCCAGCAGUGAUAAAGAAGAUGGGUUGUCUUUAUUGUCCAACAUGACAUGCACACACAGCCUGUUACAUUAUUUAAUUGUUGCUUUGUUACUGUGGAGUUUGAACUGCUGUCUGUAGCUGAAGGACUAAAAUACAAGUAAACAGCUAGUAAAAUGCAACCUGGUUACGUUGGAGCUCAUUUGUGCUGGAUACAGUACAUCACAAUACAAGGAAGAAAGCUGUAUAUUUGUAACUUUGUAAUUUUCGUUAUUAUGAUCUUGCAUAAAUUGCUGCCUGUGGAUUUUGCUUGAGGAUAAAGUAUUCGAUACUAAUUCCAGCAAUACAGUGCCUGCUCUGAGUUUCUGGAUUUCUAAUUCUGCAG